AGUACUUCUUUCCCUCUCUAUACAUAAACACUUGGCAUUUUGUGCAAUUUGAACCCAUCUUUAAUUUUUCCCUCUUGCCAACCAUAAACACAUUGUCUUUUUCUCUCUACAAAUUUAAACUUUUGAGUUGAGAUACAAAGAGAGAAAUUAAAGAUGGGAAAAGCUUCAAGAUGGUUCAAAGGGUUGUUAGGUAUGAAAAAAGAUAAAGAAAAUAUGGAUAAAAUGGACAAAAAAUAUAAGAAAAAAUGGAGCUUUUCUAAGCCCAUGAUGGGAACUUUACCACCAUCACCGGUGGUUAGUACAACUAGUGAUCCCACUUGGGUGAAAUCUUACAUGUCCACAUCAGAAAAAGAACAGAACAAGCAUGCAAUUGCUGUUGCAGCGGCCACUGCAGCAGCUGCGGAUGCUGCGGUAGCGGCCGCACAAGCUGCUGUGGCUGUAGUCAGACUCACCAGCCACGGCAGGGGAACACUUUUCAAUGUUGGCAGAGAAAGAUGGGCCGCUGUUAAGAUUCAAACAGUCUUUAGAGCUUAUUUGGCAAGAAAGGCUUUAAGAGCUUUAAGAGGGCUGGUGAAAUUACAGGCUCUUGUUAGAGGAUUCCUUGUUAGGAAAAGAGCAGCUGCAACUCUAUACAGUAUGCAAGCUCUCGUUAGAGCUCAGGCAGCUGUUCGGUCCCAACGGGCUCUUCGCUCUUUCAAAGAUCAUCGUGUUCAGUCCCAUCGCAAGUCCACUGAGAGGUUUGAUCAAGAGAGUAGAAGUGAAAUCCAUAGCAAGAGACUUUCAUCUUCAUAUGAAUCUACAACAAAUUCGUAUGACGAGAGCCCAAAAAUAGUUGAAAUCGACACAUACAGGCCACACACGAGAUCUAGGCGUAUCCACACAUGUAUAACCACAACGGAUUCUAGUGAAGAGUCGCAUUGUUACCAAAACAUGUCAUCUCCCCAGCCUUGUCCCAUUCCAACCCGUAUUUCAUUUCCUGAGUGUCGACAUUAUGAAGAUCCUGAUUGGGGAUUUAUCGGUGAGGACUAUAAGUUGUCACACACUACUCAGACCACUCCUCGUUUUGCCAAGUCAAACGGGUCAAUUGCUCCCACUACGCCUGCGCAAAGUGUAUGUGGGGAUGUGUAUUUUAGGCCAUAUAACUCGAACCAUCCAAGUUACAUGGCGAACACCCAGUCAUUUAAGGCGAAACAAAGGUCUCAUAGUGCUCCUAAGCAAAGGCCAGAGAAUUUGACUAAAAGGAGGCAAUCACUUAUUGAAAUAAUGGCAUCAAGAAGCAGUUUAAGCGGUUUGAGGAUGCAAAGGUGUUGUUCUAAAGCUCAAGAAGCUAUAAACUUAUGACUUGUUGUUUUGUUGGUUGUUUGGUCAUAUGUCAUAUUAUGUAAUGUUCCUUAAUCUAUAUCAUCACCUUGUGUAUGAUAAAGAAUUAGGGCUGUUUGUGUAGUAAUAGUAACUAAACAAGAAGGGCUAGUUAUUUAUUUCAUGGAUCAA